AUGGGGCAUGCGGCGCCGACCGAGCGGGCGACCAUCGUGCUGAAAGUCCGCAAUCUGACGGAGUCGGACCGGGAGUCGCUGCCCCGCGCGCUGAUGAACCUGGAAGGUGUUUGUAAUGCAGCGGUCGACGUGUUGAGUGGCGUAGUGCGGGUCGAUGGCGCCGCCUCCGACUCGGAGCUGUUGCGGGCGCUGUCGGCACUCGGCAAGCAGGCGGUGGUCGUGACGCACACGCGCGGCGCAGGCGGCGCGGCAGCACGCCCGCCUAGCUCCUCUGCGGCGAUGCGGGCCAAGCUCUUCCUGCGGCUCCUCAAGCGCAACGCCAACUGCUGCAGCUAG